AAUGAAAGAGGAUAUAAAUCAACUUCUGAAAUUAUAGAAUUAUUAUGACAUAUUAGGUGUUUAGAAAAAUGCAAGUGAUGAUGAACUUAAGAAAGCAUAUAGAAAAUUAGCAUUGAAAUAUCAUCCAGAUAAAAAUAAUGAUGAAAAUGCACAAGAGGUAUUCAAAAAGAUUUCAGAAGCUUAUUCAACUUUGUCAUCUCCUGAAAAAAGAGAGAGUUACACUUAUUAAUAAUAGAAACCAUAAGCUCAUCCUCAUUAAAACAAAUAUUAUAGACAUUUCUAACCAGAUGAAGAAUUUGAACUAUUUGCAUAAGUAAUAUAUUUAUUAUAUUAAUGGAAACAAGAGUUUAAAAAGAUAAUUUUAAAGACGUGCAGCAAGAAAUGAGACAAAAGAAACAACAAAGAAAUCUUAACAUAAUGCACAUUAUGCUAAAUUAUUGAAUAGCAUAAUUAAAUUAAUUCUCUUAAUAACAUUCCUUUACUUUGCAUCUUAGGCUUUCUAAUUUCCUUUUAAGAAAUAACCUUUAUAUUAAUUUUAAAAGAGUUUGCAAUAUUCAGUGUAGAGGACUUCAAAUAAAUUACAAGUAUAAACUUAAUAAAUGAGGUCAAAUACUUUGUAGGGGAUCAAUUUAAGAAAGAAAAAUUCUCGUAAGAAAAACUUCUUAAAUUUGAUUAUGAUGUUGAAAAGAAUUAUGUAAAUUAAUUGAAAAGAUAAUGCGAUGCAACUAGUUUAAAACAAUAAAAUUAUAUGAGACUAAUAAACAAAUCAGUUUAUACAAGUGAAAUAAAAAGAUAUUAAAAAGCAAUUGAUUAAUUAGAUUGGAGUUCAUGUGAUGUAAUUAAAAGCUUAAAGUUGAAUUUUGAAAAAUUUGACAUUUAUUUUUGA